AUGGCCCGCUCUCGAGACCGGAAGUCGUCGAACUCGAACCUCCGGCCCCUUUUGCCCAAGGCGCAGCGCAGUGUAGCCGGCCAAGCGGACGGCAUACACGCCAGGAAGGACAUUUGCACGCCCCCUCAGUCUCAGUCCCUGGGCUGCACGGCCUCUCAAAUCGAGGCCUCGGUCGUGCACACAAAGCUGGGCGCGACCGAACUCCCCCGCCACCUUUACACAGACACAGACGCCGGGACCCUCAGUGUCGUCUCGGAAAUCCCCUUCAACUUCUCGGGGAGCCUGCUUUGUCAAGAUCCCCAACCCUCCCCUUCGGCUUUCCCGCGCGUGGAAGGCUUAGAAGGCAGUGUUGGAUGCAUCAUACCUACAAACUGCGACACCCACCAAUCUUCUGGCUCGGAACAUGAUGUAAAUGAUUGGGUCAAGAAGCAAGAAGAAUCCUUUCCUGGAAGGCUUUACAACAAGCUUGCAGGAGAAACACACAGACCAGCUGGCCAGAACACCGAUGAGCCCGCCUCGCAGAAGUUGGACAAUGGAGAUCGCGACUCGCCCGAUCUCCCCACAUUCUUCCAAGACGAGAUGGCCAUGAGAGAGUACCAGCGGAGCUCGAUCAGUUCCAAAUCCGAGUAUCUGAUUGACAGCCGAAUCUCAGAUAACUCGGACUUGGCAAGGCCCGGUCAUGACCAAGUCGCCCACCCAGUGCUGCCACCACCACCCCCCGGUGGUCUGCCUGAGCUUCGCCCAGGCCUGGAUCGCGUGCCUUCUCCCAUUCGGGGAGGUGACACCAUUCGGAGGAACCAUCCAGUUCCUGAGUCAACGGCUGGACAAUCCUCGAUCAGACCUUCUAUUUGGGACUCAUCCUCCCUCGCCUCCUCCUCGCUACCUCGCACCAGCAUCUACGGAAGUACGCCGUCGAUUGCGUCGUCCAGACACCAGUGCACAGACUGCGACAAGUCGUUCAAGCUCGCCAAGGACCUCGAGCGCCACUUCCAAAGCGUCCACGCCCGCAACCCGGAGUCGUACAGGUGCAGGUGCAGCUAUCACACCACUAGGAAGGACGUGAUCAAGCGACAUAUCAGCUCCAGCGGCGCCCAGAGGUGCGCGUCCGCCAGGCCGGAUGCCGUCGAUGUUUGUAUCUGCAAGCGCUUCGAGACGUCUGAUGUGCUCUGGUUUCUUGAGCAUAUCAAGGACUGCAAGAAGAAGCCGCGGGGCAGACCGAAGAAGAAGAAAUUAAUUUAA